UACAGAACGAACAAUAACAACUUCAACCUGUAUGCAUGCAUCGUGAACAGAAUCAAUAAGCAAUUUAUCUUUUGUCGCAAUAGGAAUUAGGAUGACUGUCACUGUACGCGCAGUAAAAAAAGAAGACGAGGAGAAGUGGCGUCACUACUGGGAUCUCUACAAUCAAUUUUACGAACGCACCAUCCCCGAGGAGACCACCGCCAUAACCUGGUCCCGGUUCCUGGACGACAAGGUCGACCUCUUCUGCGCAGUAGCCGAAGACGACGCUUCCAACGAAGUCAUCGGUUUUGUUACCUGGUUCCCACACCUUUCCACUUCAAAGCCGAAGGGAGUUGUGUAUCUCAAUGAUCUAUUCGUUGAUCCCGACGUCAGGAGUGCAGGAACGGGCGGGAAGCUGAUCGAACAUGUGUACGAACAUUCCAAGAGCGAACUCGAUACUGCUUCGGUAUACUGGCACACCCAGCAUUUCAAUCACAGGGCCCAGCUCCUCUAUGUCAAGAAAGGUACAAAGACUGAUUUUGUACAAUACUCAAAGAACUUGUAAGCGGGUAGCGGUGGCAUUCUGGGGAGGAGAUAAAUUCCUCAUUUGAUCAAUUUAAACAUCAAUACUAAACUUGAAAUACUAUUAAUCCCCAUCACCUGUCUUUAAAUGUUCGCAUAAUCCUG